ACGAUGUUCAGCACCAACUUCGACGACUACUGCGACUUCAAUGACAGCAUCUGCAGCAACGACUCUGGCAUUGACAGGUCCUACGCCGACUCCCUCGCCACCCCCUCCUCCACCCACAGCACUCCCAUCAAACCUGACGCUGAUAUCGGCAUCUCACUCACACCCACCAAAGAAGCCGUAAGGAGAAAACUCUUCAGCGACGAAUAUGAGUUUCCGUUUCAACUUGAAGAAACAAAGGUUUUCAAUGAUAAUAUUCAAAUAUCGAACACAUCUACACCAGUCAAGAAAGAAAGGAUGCCGAAAGAUCCGAACAAGCCAAAAAGGAAAUACGCGAAUGGAAAGAACAGAGUCACAAGGUGCAAAAGCCCUACGCAAAUUCUAAGGAUUAAGAGGAAUAGAAGAAUGAAAGCAAAUGAUAGAGAAAGAAAUAGAAUGCACAUGUUGAACGAAGCUCUAGACAGACUGAGAUGUGUUUUGCCUACUUUUCCUGAAGAUACAAAGCUUACAAAAAUAGAAACUCUAAGAUUUGCUCACAACUACAUAUUUGCUCUGAGCCAGACUUUAGAAGCGCUAGAUAAUAUCACUCCAGGGCAGACGCCAGAGGGAUUUGCAUUGAAUUAUGAAAAGCUGCAAAGCUAUUCUGUAACUGGGGAGAAAAUUACCAAAGACGCUUUUAGAGAAAUCUUUAUGACGCCAAAACCGGAUUGCGGUGAUGGAAGCUUCAGGAGUUUCCAAGGAUACAGCAAGCCGUUUCCCAACGGGUCAAAUUUCAUGCAGACUUCUGAAGGAGUGUUGAUAAAUGUUGGUAAUGUGACCGUAUCAGUCAACAACAAAGGUGGGAACUGUAUAACCUCAACAACUGGUACUGGGUUCUUUACAAACCCGACUAGUUAUACUGAGGAUUUGACGCAACAAAGUUACUAUCAACAAAGUAAUUUCGUACAAUGCAACAGGAUUGGAGAAUACGAUUCUAAUGCUACUAACGGUGAAUAUUUCAACCAACGAAACUAUGAAAUAUUCAAAAACGCUUUUGAAAAUGCUAAGAAUAAUAAUAAUAAGAAAUAUACAAAGACUGAUCAAUAUAACUAUGAGUACACAAAUCCUUCGUACGGAUACAACGAUAGAAGCUACUAUAGUGAAAAUUAUUCACAAAACGACUAUUAUUACAACGACCAAAGAUGUUAUAGAAACUUUUAUAAUAGGAAUAAUGUAGUAAAUGCUCAGAUGUGAGAAUAUAGUCAUUCCUAUGUUUAUAUACAAAAAGAAGCUUUUAGAAUGUAAGACAAUUGUAUUUUACAGUGACA